AUGUUGUCAGAUAAAGAGAUCAACAUUGAGCAAGGCGCUGCUAGCCCACUGAAAAGCAAUGGGAAUGAGCCACAGCCGCGACAGGAACCAUCGUCUAUCCCCAAUGGCGGUCUAGCAGCCUGGUCACAGGUGCUCGGGGCGCAUCUCUUGUUCUUCAACUCUUGGGGAAUCGUCAAUACAUACGGAGCAUACCAGGCCUACUACGAAAGUGAUCUGCUGCGUUCCCGCUCCUCUUCCGAAAUUUCAUGGAUCGGAACAUUCCAGGGCUUCCUUCUUAUUUUCUUCAGCAUCGUCGGUGGCCCGAUAUUUGAUCGAGGAUACAUUCGUCCCUUGCUUAUGGCAGGGACAUUCUUAACAGUCUUCGGGAUGAUGAUGACUAGUCUGGCCACUACCUAUUGGCAGAUCUUCCUCGCGCAGGGGCUAUGUGUCGGACUAGGAUGUGGAUGCCUAUUUCUCCCCAGCGUUGCCAUUGUCGCCACGUAUUUCAGCACCCGGAGAGCGCUUGCAACGGGGGUCACGGCAGCUGGGGGGAGCCUAGGAAGCGUGAUCUACCCUAUCAUCUUUCGAAGGCUCCAGCCACAAGUCGGUGCCGGAUGGGCCACCAGAAUCAUCGCCUUCAUUGCCCUGGCCACAUUGUCGAUCAGUGUGCUCAUAGCGAAACCCCGGUUACCCCCAUCGAAGAAAUCGCGCCGUCUGGUCGACCCGGAUGCGUUCAAAUCUUCCCUAUUUGUCCUGUAUAAUCUCGGUUCCUUCUUCGCGUUUGUCGGCCUAUACAUUCCUUUUUUCUAUCUCAUAAUCUAUGCCCACCGUAAAAUUGGGAUCGCGGAUGACAUCUCAUUCUACCUUCUGUCGGUCAUCAAUGCAUCGUCCAUCUUCGGCCGCAUUAUCCCCGGACUGCUAGCGGACCGAUUCGGUGCGCUCGAGGUGUCGAGCUUCUGCGCCCUCGCAUGCGCAGUUCUAUCUUAUUCGUGGAUCGCAAUCGAUAACCUCGGAGGUCUGAUCGUUUUUUGUAUACUUUACGGAUUCUUUUCGGGGGCGGUGGUCUCUCUUCCGCCUACAGUCAUCGCCACUCUUGUCCCAUCCCUCGAGGUCGUGGGUACCUGGAUGGGAAUGAGCUUUACUGCUGGGGCCACGGGGUUGCUGAUUGGCAAUCCGAUUGCAGGCCUACUAAUUGACGUUGAGGCGGGUGAAUUUGCACGUGGAUUCAUCUUUGCUGCGUCGAUGAUCAUGGCUGCCACUGUCAUAUAUCUGAUUAUUCUUGUGGCCAAGCGUCGUCGCGAAAGAAGGUUGUCCAAGGAUUGA